AUGCCACGCAUUGCUCUUCAGCUGUUCCUUGUUGCCCUAAGCCUGGGCUCCGCUGGCAGCGCCCGGGCCCAGUAUUUAGGCGCGACAACCUUCGAUUAUAUCGUGGUCGGCGGUGGCCCUUCCGGCCUCAUCACAUCACAACGUCUCACCGAGACGGGAAAGUCCGUUCUGUUGAUUGAGCGCGGUGGCGCUUCCACGGCGUCGACCGGUGGCAGAAAAUUCGUCCCUUGGAGUAAGAAGCUGACCUACUACGAUGUGCCCGGCGUCUUCGAGUCCCUGCCUACAGGUACUGGAGGGGAAGCAUACUGUGCCGAUACGCCCGCGGUUGCGGGAUGUGUUCUUGGAGGAGGCGGGUCGGUCAAUGGCAUGGCUUUCAUCCACCCUCCGACACAAGAUUUUGAUGAUGGGUGGCCGAGUGGUUGGAAUUGGGAUGAUAUAGAGCCUGCCGCUGAACGUCUAUAUAAGAGGAAUCCCGGCACGACGAUGCCUUCUCGUGACGGUCGGGCAUACGACAAUGGAGCCGCUGUUGUACUAACUCCUUGGUUGGAGGAUAAUGACUGGAGCUUUGUCGACGGGAUCAAGGAUCCCAAUUCCAAAGAGAAAUCUUUUGGCCCUACUCAGCUCAACAUCGCGAAUGGUCUUCGUUCCGGCCCGAUCCACACCUAUCUACCCCUGGCUCAAAAAGAAUCAGGUUUCACCCUCAGGCUCAACGCGAAGGUGAUUCGUGUAGUGCGUAAGGGCGGGACCAUGACCGGUGUCGAGAUAGAGGACGCGGAGGGUACCCAGAUCGUCAAACUGAAGCCCGACGGCGCGGUCCUCCUGGCUGCCGGAGUCAUGUCCACACCUCGAGUCUUGUUCAACUCGGGUAUCGGUCCGAUUGAGCAAAUCAAGAUUGUCAACGGAAGUGCGACUGGAGUUGAUGUGCCGGAGACAGACUGGAUCAACUUGCCCGUGGGACGCAACGUCAAGGACCACUCUCGCUACCAGUUGGAAUUCAAAGUCCCCGGUGGCUUGAACGACAAGAGCCCAGAAGAGCUCCUCAAUCCAACGGAGGAAGAGAAGCGCCAAUUUGCAGACGGCUCGGGAGUGCUGACCCAGUCCUUCCAGCGACUUGACCUCUUCAGACAGCACACGACGUCAAACGACCGAGUAAUCAGCUUCCACGCACACUGUAGCUCCAAUGCAGACGACACUCUCCAGAUCAUGCUCAUGAUAACCCACGGGUUGACCUCGACGGGUACGCUAGGCAUCGACAGCAAUGGUAACACGGUGUUCACGAAACGGCCCUGGACCAACACGGACACUGAUCGCGAGGCGUGGAGUCUCGCCAUCAACGAAAUACUUGAAAUGUCUCGUCAACCAGGUAGCCCAAUUGUCUACUCGGGGGACAGCGACGCGACCGCAGAGUCGGUCCUCAGUGCGGACGCACUCCCUGGCAUCCACAUAGUCGGUAGUGCCAAAAUGGGCACCGAUGACGGUCGGACCGGUGGCACGGCAGUUGUCGACCUCAACACCAAAGUCUAUGGAACGAAUAACCUGUAUGUCGUUGAUGCCUCCUUUCACCCGGACCUCUCGACUGGUAACAAUCAGGCUAUGGUCAUGAUUGCUGCCGAACACGCUGUUCAAAAAAUCAUUUCUUCGCGUAAAAGGUGA